CCCUCCCCUAAGAGAGGAGGUGUGGCUGGACUAGGGUGGGGACAGGCUUCAGAGACCAGGACUGGUGAGGAGUUGUUGGGCAAAUCAAUACUCCAUGGCGGAGGAGAAGUUCAUUAAAGAGCUGAAUCAAUGGAUGAAACGACUGAAAGAUUGUCACAUCUUCACAGAGAAGCAAGUGCAUACCCUAUGUGAGAAGGCUAAGGAAAUCCUAAUGAAAGAAUCAAACGUUAAGGAAGUCUCUAGUCCUGUUACAGUCUGUGGCGAUGUCCAUGGCCAAUUCCAGGACGUUUUGGAAAUCUUUAGGAUUGGUGGGAAAUUACCAGACAAAAAGUACCUGUUUAUGGGUGACUAUGUUGACAGAGGCUUUUCCUCAGUGGAAACUAUGACUUUUCUGCUAUCCUUAAAAGUACAAUAUCCAGAGUUUAUCACGCUAUUGAGAGGAAACCACGAGUGUCGGGAGAUUACUCAAGUGUAUGGUUUUUAUGAUGAAUGCCAAAAGAAGUAUGGAAAUGCCAAUGUCUGGAAAUAUUUUACAGACCUAUUCGAUUAUCUUCCUAUUACGGCUUUAGUUGACAAGCAGGUAUUUUGCCUCCACGGGGGUCUGUCUCCCUCCAUAGAUACCUUGGAUCAUAUAAGAGGUUUGAAUCGAUUUAAAGAAAUCCCCCAAACUGGACCAAUGUGUGAUCUGUUAUGGUCUGAUCCAGCUGAUAUUAAGGAAUGGGAACCCUCCCCAAGAGGGGCCGGCUACAUAUUUGGAGCGGACGUUUCUGAAAUCUUUUCCCAGGCCAAUGGUCUUGCACUGAUUUCCCGGGGUCACCAACUUGUCGAGUCCGGAUUCAGCUUUUCUCAUAACGGAAGGGUGCUGACCAUUUUCAGUGCACCCAAUUAUUGUUACCGUUUUGGGAACCAAGCUGCUAUCAUGGAACUGGAAAGUCCUACAAAGUACUCCUUCAUACAGUUUGAACAAGUACCUCAUGUGAAGUGUUCUGUUUUCUCACUCCUACCUGAUUCCUAUAGACAGCCUUGGAACAAACAUUGGAAAAAUUUUGGGCAUUAUUUCCAAAAUCUUUUAAGAAAGUAAAGAUAAUUUUGUUCUGUGCAUUGGGAUGUUUCAGAAUAAAACCCCUUCCAGGGACAAAAUGGGCAUAUUGCUAAUAAUAAUUCAAGGAUGAAAUAAUAGCACAACACUGUUUGAAAUCAAUUAGUUCAACAGUUUGCCUGCUAUACAGAGUUUUUUUGUAGUAACUUCCAUUUUUCCGUAGGACUGAUCAAACAGAAAAGGUAAUCAGUACCUUAAUUUCCUUUGGUGCUUAUUAAUAUGUGAGUUUUAAUUAUUGAGUUUGGCAGGAAUCAUAGAUAUUAGACCUAAUUAUUUUUGUUUAAACUUAUUUUCAUUUGUCAUAUAUAUAUAUAUAUACAUAUAUAUAUAUAUAUAUUUGGUUAAAAUGUAAAUACUAGUUUACCUAGAGAAAUGAGAAAAUUUUUAACCUGAAUUUGAUUUCAGACAGGUGAGAAUGUGAUUCAGGGAUGUGUAUGAGGGUGCUGUCAGCACCAAACAAAACAAACAUGUUAUUUCAAGGAGGAAAGGUUUGUAAAGGAUACUAGUUUUCUUUUGGGACAUAUUGAAUCAAAGAUGACCACCUUGGAAAUAAGCACACAGAAAAAAAGUAUAUAAAAAGUGGGACUGGUUUUUUGUUUAUUUGUUUUUUUUUUUACCAUAACUUUUUAAAACAACUUGUGUUUAAAAGUAUUAUAUCAUUACCUUUUUGAUGUUUUAAUUUCAGUGGUGUAGAAACCCCUACAAAGGCCCCAUGCUUGAUUCUACUACUUUUGUCCCAGACUUCCGCUAAGUCAUCCUCCAGAGAUUGAACCAACAUUCUGAGGCAUUUCUUUAGAGCUUUCUUUUUUAUUUUUUUCAGACCUUCAGUAAACAUUAAUUAAGAGCCUACUAGAUGUCACUCAUCUAGUGGGGGGGGGGGG